AGGUUUUCCUCACUGAAUCAUCAGCCCGUUUUGUCUAGAUUUAUUUCUAUUUUCUCUGUUGUUGCUAUUCAAAUCUAAAGAGUCAUUUUUGAUUAAGAUGUUCAGACGUUCUAGAGGAUUUAAUGCCCACGGCUUAUUACAAUGUGCACUAUUUUAAGAAAAUGAAGGCUCAAGGUUCAUCCGUGUGCAAGAACAGCAAGUGAUUCGUUCUGUCAUGGGCAUCAUGGGCUCUUCACGCGUCGGGUUGAUGCUGAUGUUGCUCAUCAGCGUUCCGGGCUCCACCGGCUCUUGUCCGCGGCCAUGCGCCUGUUACGUGCCCGCCGAAGUUCACUGCACCUUCCGCUCGCUGACCAAGGUGCCCACGGGAAUCUCCACACGAGUUCAGCGCAUUAAUCUUGGGUUUAACACUAUUAAUCACAUCACAGACGCCACCUUUGGUGGCCUGAGAAAACUGGAGCUGCUGAUGAUGCACGGCAACAAUGUGCAGAAACUUCCAGAAAGUGCCUUUCAGGAUCUGGUUUCCUUGCAGGUGUUAAAGAUUAGCUAUAAUAAACUGCAAGUCAUCACUGGGCACACUUUCUCUGGUUUGGCGAGUCUUAUGAGGCUCCAUCUGGACCACAAUCGCAUCGAGUUCAUCCAUCCUGACGCUUUCAGUGGUCUGACAUCACUGCGACUGCUUCAUCUAGAAGGAAACCACCUGCAGAAGCUCCAUCCUGCUACAUUCAGCACCUUCACCCUGAUACAGCGGUUUCCCAUGUCCACACUGAAGCACCUGCACCUGUCUGACAACCUCCUGAGCAAUCUGCCCAGAGACAUGCUGAAGAACAUGCCUCAGCUGGAGAACAUCUUCUUAUAUGGGAACCCCUGGAGCUGUGACUGUGCUAUGAGCUGGAUACAGGACUGGAGAACACAUCAUUCAGGUGUGAUGAAAUGUAAGAAGGACAGAACAUUUCUCAAUGGCCAGCUAUGUCCACUAUGCACCUCUCCUAAACACCUUAAAGGAAAAUAUAUCUCUGAUUUUAAAGACUUCAUCUGCUCAGGACCAGCCAUCAGGUCUUCAGGAAUGGACAUCUCACAUGAGGAGAACAUCAGUGAACUUCUGCCCAUCGACAGAAUCAAACCACCAUUUGGAAAUAUCUCCCUAACUUUAUCGGAUGAGCAUGGGACUAAAGCAGACCUCAUCUGCCAAAUACUGGAACCAAGAGAGUCCAGUAAAAUCAGCUGGAAUUACACCAAAUCUCUGGAGAUCGCUGCAAACAUGAGUCUUUUCUUUGACUUGGAAUGUCCUAUUGAUAGAGACAACUACGAAAGCUUGUGGAGGCUUCUUGCAUACUACAGCGAAGUGCCUGUGCAUCUACGAAGGGAAAUCAUGUUAACCAAAGAGCCGGAGGUGAGCUACAGAUACAAGCAGGACAUUGAAAAGGACGCCUUCUACUACACUGGAGUCCGAGCCAACGUUUUAGCCCAACCGUCUUGGCUCAUGCAGUCCUUUAUGAACAUAAAGUUGAACAGGCCCUAUUCCUCCUCUAAGAGUGUGAGGCUUAUUCUUAACACUCAUCUGUCAAUCAUCACAGACAGGGAAAUCGUGAGACAGCAGAGGAGGUCUUGGGUCAUGAUCCAACAAAACAAUAAAACCCAAACAACCUUCAGCUCUAUUGUGGGGGGUGUAAUUGAAAUGGACUGCAAUGUGCAAAGCUCUGGGAACGCGGCCAUUCGGUGGAUGUUGCCUGAUGGUUCAGAGAUUAAAGCUGCAUUCAGAACACCUGACAAUAGAGUAUCUGUCUCUAGCACUGGCACGCUUCACUUUAAAUUUGUUGACCACCGAGACUCUGGAGUUUAUUACUGCAUUGCAGAGGUUGUAGGAGAUAUUGAUAUUCUGCCUUUCCGUCUAUCCAUUGUGGAGUCGUCAACCCCACUCACAGGUGAAAGAGUUGGAAGCGCUUUGACUAGAUUUGUUGGCGAGUCGGCUUCCUUGCCUUGUCUUACUGUAGCAGCACCAGAUGCGGUGGUGAAUUGGAUAUUCCCAGAUGGCCAUAUAGUGAAUGCAAAGGCAAACAUUUCCAGGGCUGUAGUCUAUGCCAAUGGGACUCUCUUCAUUCCUCAUAGCCAACUCAACAACAAUGGAUAUCACAAAUGUGUUGCCAUGAAUCAGCAUGGUGUGGAUGUAUUGGCAACUAAACUCACGGUCUUGCGAAGGAAACCAAUCCAGCCACUAAAACGGUUUCCCAUUGGACCACAAUCUGCUGCAGGGGUGUCCACUAAGGUAAAAGCCUUUUUGGAGGAAAUGGAAGAAGCUUCUGGAGAUGAUUCCAAUACUCAAGACAGAAUACUACCAAACAGAAGUUUCAUUAACCAAAGGUGGGGUCCAAAUGCAAGAAAAAGAGGACAGUCAUUUGGCAACGUCCGCCGUAGACGUCCUUUUAGGAAAGGCAUGCACGGAGAGCAAAACCAAAGAAGUGUUAAUACAAAGCACAAAAUAGACCCACAGAAAUGGGCCGAUAUUUUGGCCAAAAUUCGUGAGAAAACGGCCAACACACCACGCCGCACUGUGAAUUCAGCGAAGCCAGGAUCGAUUGACAACACAGAGGGUUCAUCUCCAGAUGGCAUAAAUCCACAAGAGGAACCAAAUACCUUCGGCACUCCACACGAAAUGGGUCAUCAAGCUUACAACACUCCAACGAUUGCACCUCAGAUUGAGCAACAAAACCAUAACAUCAACCAAACUGCUCCUUCAGAGUUAGACACUAGUUCAGACAACGUGACUUACACCAGAUAUCCCACAGCUGCUUCAGAUUAUGUGAUCACAGAGAUGAAUGUUGCAGAAGGAAGGCAUGUGGGCACCAUAAGUCCACAUGAGCAGACAGAAAAUAACCGAGUAAACUUGGGGCCUGUCAUCAAACUGGAGACAGAGAGUCCGGGUAAUAUCUCAAGAACAGGUGGUUUUGAUGCUGGAAAACUUGUUGUGUUUACUACCAAUUCAACUGGCAGCAUUAAGCAAGAAGCUCCAACUGCCUCAACGCAAUCAAGAGCUAAAGAUCACUGGAACACUAGGAGGCGUAUCGGAGGCAGACGGCGCAUAGCAUUAAGAAGGCCGAUCUCAAAAAUGACUACAAGAAGACCGUGGUCCACAUCUACUGUAGCAGAAGUUCAUUUUCAAACUGUAUCUUUGACCACUGAACCUAAAACCCUAGCUGAAGACUCAUCGGUUCAUCCAACUACAAGAGCUUCUGUUCAUGUAUACCUCACAACUCCAACUGAAGGCAAAUCGGUCCAAACAACUACUAGAGCUUCUGCUCAGGAAUACCCCAUAACUCCAGCUAAAACCACAUUUGUCUAUCCGACUACUAGAUCUUUCCAGAGGAUAUUAACAGAUGGAAUGAAUGAGGAAAAUACCAUCAUCUUUUCUGAUGGGAACAUCCAUUUAGUCAAGCCAAUUGAUCUCCUCGAAAUUGAGGAGACAACUAGCUCUAGAGGUCCGUCUACAUCUCACCCCAUAAGCACUACAUUGGCAACAGUGUCUGGAGUUUUGACUAAGGGAUUACAAAAUGAAGAUACUACUCCUUUAGAGGAUAAAGAGGAUGAAGACAAUGCAUCUGCAGAAGAAAUGGAUGAGAACUUUGUUCCUGUAUAUAACAAUCCAACAGAUACACCUCCUGCUGAAAAUGUCCCACUGACAACUUCUCGGCGGGACUUUACAAACAUCCUUUCACCUGUGUUACUAACUGAUGCAACAGAAAUGAGCUUUACACUGAACCCAGAUGAUUCUCCAUUGGAUGUCUUCCAUGUGCAGGAGUCACACUUUGAGGAUGCUCUAAGACAGAAUGAUACGUUGGAAUUUAGUAGUUCUAGGGAAAAUGUUACUUCUAAAGAAGAAUCUGUAGUCAAUUCAGUGCCACCAGAACAUUAUUUAAUUCUACAACCAAGUGAAAGCUUAAAAGAAGAAGGAUUGGUUCAAAACCAUAUAUCAUUUUCCUCAACAACAAAGACAACUGUUGGGAUUCAAACCAAAUCUUUGGCCACACAUUCACAUCCAAAUGAACGCUUUAAAGAAGAAGGAUUGGUUCAACACCAAGCAUCUAUUCCCUCAACAACAGAGACACCUACAACAUCCAUCAUCUCUGUUGGGAUUCAAACAGGGUCUUUGGAAGCAAGUUCACAAACACCUUUUCUUGCUACUCACAAUGACAACUUAUAUUCAAAUUCAUUUUCUAAGGGAGACCAAAGGGAACGGUUGGUUCCGAAGCAUGAAACUUUGAUUGUUCCUGCAACAUUUACAGAUACCUCAACCACAAUUACAUCUGCAGAAACAACAACCAUAAUUCCCAAUACAACCCAACUCAUUAAAAUAACAACACUACCCACAGCAACCACUUUACUUUCUACAACCACCGCAACACCUGCUAGCCCGUUAACUUCCGGCCUUCCCUUACCGGACAACAAAAUCCCAAUUUACUCAAGAAAUCCUGCAACAAACUACAUAGAUGCCAGACACAGUAUUAUAAUACCCAGCACAAAUAAUAGGUAUCCUUUCUAUCACAGUAGAAAUCCUUCUGUAGUUUUCAGGCCCAAUAUCAACAGAAAACCUCCCGAGAUCACCUCAUCUGUGGAUUUAAGAUCUGUCAACAACAUCAAGUCAAUAACAACACCGAAAAUAUUGACCACAACCAGCUCAACUCCCACGACUACCUCAAGAACCACUCAGCCAAACAACCAUAUUCAGAUCCAUGGGGAAUCCAUAAACAGACAGUCAAGCACAGUUCUUUUACCUCAACGACCCCAAACUCCAGCUGUCCUGCCAAUGAGACCCAGAAUUACUACUGCCAAACUCCACACCAUCACUGUGAAUGCUGGAACAGAUGUGCUACUGCGGUGUGAUUCAGUGGGGGAGCCCAAACCAUUCCUGACCUGGACUAAAGUUUCCACAGGAGCCAUCCUAUCAGCAAAUACCAGAAUCCAGCGGUUUGAGGUCCUGUCCAAUGGGACAUUUAUCAUCCACAACGUCCAGAUUCAGGACCGCGGCCAGUAUUUGUGCAGUGCCCGAAAUCUAUACGGCACUGAUAAGAUAAUCGUGACCCUGGUGGUCUCUGCCCACAUGCCCAGAAUGACACUUCCACGUCAUCAAGAUAUGACUGUUUAUCUCGGAAACACUGCUCUUAUGGAAUGCCAGGCGCAGGGUCUCCCGCCCCCAAACAUCAGCUGGGUGCUGCCCGACCGCUCAGUGGUGCGUUCUGUUAGCAGGACAGAUCAGAGGGUUACGCUAAUGGCGAAUGGAGCUCUUCAAAUCAAGCACAUUAACUACCCGGACAGGGGCGUCUACAAAUGCAUAGCAAGCAAUGUUGCUGGGACCGACAUGCGGUCAGUGAGGCUCCAAAUUCCAGCGUUGCCUCCCAUGAUUCAGGAACAGCGCUGGGAAAACUACACGGUCCAUGAUGGCGAGGCAGUGUACAUCCACUGUACUGCUGAGGGCGCGCCGAGUCCAGCUAUUCGAUGGGUCACCAUGAGUGGUGCACAAAUUCGUCCCUCACAAUUCGUCAAUGGCAACGUGUACGUUUUCCCCAACGGGACACUGUAUAUACGCAAUCCAAAAGAAAAGGAUUCUGGGAAUUAUGAGUGUGUAGCUGUGAAUUCGGUGGGAGUGUCUAGAAGAAAUGUGAGUUUACAAGUGAAAAGAAAUUCAUCAACAUCCAAAAUCACAUCCACCUCUACACAGAGUACAGAUGUGAGCUACGGAGACCAGUUGAGUCUGAACUGCUCCGCCACUGGAAGCCCCAAUCCCAGGAUCAUCUGGAGGACUCCAUCUAAAAAACUGGUUGAUGUACAUUACAGCUUUGAUCGUAGGAUAAAAGUGCUCAGUAACGGCACCCUGACUAUCAAAUCAGUGACCGACAGGGAUGAGGGCGACUAUCUGUGUGUCACCAGAAACAAAAUGGGAGACGUAUACAUUCUUCUUAAAGUCAACGUGAUGAUGAAAGUCGCCAAAAUCGAGCACAAGCCACUAAGCAAUCACAAGGUGUCAUACGGAGGUGAGCUGAAGGUUGACUGCAUCGCUUCUGGUCUUCCAAACCCAGAGAUCUCGUGGAGUCUUCCAGACGGUACGAUGGUCAACAACAUCCUGCAGUCCAACAACAACUGGAUCCGCACCAAGAGUUACGUUGUGUUUGACAACGGCACGCUGUAUUUCAACGAGGUGGGAAUGAAAGAGGAAGGUGACUACACGUGCUAUGCCGAGAAUCAGAUUGGUAAGGAUGAAAUGAAAGUUCACAUCAAGGUGGUGGCGGAUGCGCCAGUAAUUUGGAAUAAUACUUACGAUGUCAUCAAAGUUCCUCAUGGGGAGACGGUCGUCCUCAAUUGCAGUGCGAAAGGAGAACCUUCUCCUACCAUAACAUGGAUGUCACCAUCAAGUCACAUCAUAUUGCCAGUAUCGGACAAGUACAAAGUCACCAACGACGGGAUGCUGCGUAUCCAGAAGAUCCAGAGGUUUGAUGCAGGGAAUUACACUUGCUCAGCUAGGAACGUUGCAGGAGUGAACCGGAAAGUCUUUCAUGUAGAAGUCCUUGUGUCUGGACCUGUCAUCAAUGGAUUGAAGAGUCACGGCACCAUCAAAACCACAGCCUCGAAAGAUGAGCGUGUACUUUUAGACUGCAAAGCCGAGGGAAACCCAGUUCCACAGAUCACGUGGGUACUUCUGGACAAUGUUGUCCUGCCUGCGCCAUACUACGGCUCAAGAAUCACAGUUCAUCGCAAUGGUACGCUGGAGAUCCGUGCUGUACGGAAAAGCGAUUCUGCUGUGUUUCUCUGCAUUGCACGCAAUGAUGGAGGAGAAGCAGAACUCCAGGUUCAACUUGAUGUGAUUGAAGAUAUUGAGAAACCACGGCUGAGAAGUUUGCCUAAGGAAACCGUCCCAUUGACUGAUGGAAUACCAGUGAGCUUAAACUGUUCUAUUGAUGGAAAACCCAAACCAGAGAUCACCUGGAUUCUCCCCAAUGGAACGUCACUCCUCAGUGGAACCAGUAUUUUCCGCUUCCAUCAUCGGCUUGAUGGGACUUUACUCAUUAGAGAACCUUCCGUUUCAGAGGCGGGCCGGUAUCGUUGCAUAGGGCAUAACAGUGCUGGUUACGUCGAAAGGACUGUGAUGUUGGAGUCGAGCAGAAAACCUGACAUAAUCAACAAGUACAGCUCACUAGUUAGAAUCAUAAGCGCUGAGAAUUUGCAGCUAAACUGUUUGUCAAAUGGAAAUCCAUUGCCCAAACUGACAUGGACUUUGCCGAAUGGAGUCGUCCUAAUCAGACCAAUGCACACAGGACGCUACGCUGUUCUCAGUAACGGUACGUUGACUGUUCAAAGGGUGUCCGUCUAUGACAGGGGAAUAUACCUCUGCCAGACUACUAACGAACAUGGAUCUUCAAGUCUGACAGUUCCUGUCAUCGUAAUAGCGUAUCCUCCUCGCAUCACCAGCGGACCUGCGGCGGUUACCUACGCCAGACCAGGUGUGGCGGUUCAGUUAAACUGUCUCUCUCUCGCCACGCCGAAGGCUGAGGUGGUUUGGGAAAUGCCGGAUGGACUGCAGUUCAAGCUUGGUGCCCAGCCUCGUCUCUAUGGCAACAAGUAUCUCCACCCACAAGGCUCAUUAAUUAUUCAGAACCCGUCAAGCAGAGACAAUGGCUUCUAUAAGUGCACGGCCAAAAAUGUGGUGGGUAGCGACAGCAAAGGAACAUAUGUGUAUGUGUUUUAAUGUAAAGUGAUUCAUUUUGCAGACGCACCCGAAGAACUGUGAUUAGUUAUUGCAGACGAUACUGUGUAUACAUAGAAAAGAGGUCUUAUAUAUAGUAUAUGUUUAUUUAACAUUUUCUACUGGCUUUCUUGUAAAUAAAGUAUGAAGUUUAAUACAUUUUAAAUGAAGCAACUCUGGAGUGAGAAGUGUUUUGAAGAGCAGAUACAUGCGAAAUCUGCGACUGCAGAAAGCAACGCAUAUGUUCACACAAUUGGAACCGAAUGGCCGGAUCUUUCACCCCUUGCAUUUUUGGUUAUCAUUUUGGCUAAUUGAUUUUUAUUACACGUAUCGCUGCAGUUUCGAAGUGAAAUGUCCACUGUGUGGCGCUAAAAUCGAGUUAAAUGUUCACCCAAACAGAUGAGAUUGCAUGGAUUCACAUGCUCUUCAGGACUCGUACCCCGUUCAGUAGCGGUUUUAACCACCACGUAAUUGUGUGGGGCCCCGGACAUUAGGGGGCCCACGCCCUGGUAGGAAAGCUCCACAAAAACAGCUUGAGAGGUGACAUGCUGUUCUGGGUACGCCCAUGAAUACGCUGUUGUCUGCGGUCUCUGAGCGUAUUUCCCUCUUGAAAGAAGAAUAACACAUAACCCACAUAGGUUGUAAAUCACCGUUAUUUUACUUGAUUAGCCUGAUAACAUUGUGCUAACAGUAAGGUAAUUCAACGACUAUCAUAUAAGUCAUAUCAUGCAAGUUAUAACUACUUACAGAAACAUCUGGACUCGUGUAUAACAGAACAUCUCCUUAUGGUUCAACACACUUCUACAAAACAUCGCAGAAUUUCAAUGACAACAAUCAGCGCGCCCUCAUCGACUUUCAUUCAUCUCUAGCUUGUUUUAUUCAUGUUCUGUAAUGUGGAAAACCGGUUCGAUGGACCGAUCAGACGUCUGCAUAUUUUCACUUUCUUGGUGCAAGAGGAAUAAUGACACGUUUACCUUUUUAAAUGAAUAUCAAAUGCUAAAUUAAUCUUUACCGGGAAUAUACUUUAACGUCUGUUGUUGUUUAUGCUUGAGGACUUGCUAUUGGCUGUUGUUAUUGCAUAAUUAAUGAGGUACAUCUGUGCAUGAUUUGGGGAUGUUAUUAAUUAACAUUUAAAAGUUAUUUGGGUUAUAGUUCUGUUUUAAGUUCUGUUUAAUGUUAAUUAUGCCGUGUUACAUUAUGACGGGGGUUUAUUUUUUAGUUACCGUGGGUGAGAUUAGUGUUCGUCUAGGUUUGUGUGAUCUUGUUUCCACUAAAGAGGCGUUAGCAUGAAUAAAUGUGUCUGUAGCUUUGAAUCAAUUAUCUGUUUGUUCAUAAAAAUGGUUCACAACUUCAAAGUGUUUGAGACUCCUCACGCUGGUGACAUCAUCAGAUUUGGCUAAUCUGAAACAUGCUCUAUUUCUGAAACAUUGUGAUUUUGUAGAGUUUCAAAGCGCGUACUGCGAGUGUUCGUUACUCGUUUAAAUGAUCUGAAACCUGGCUUAUUGAUUGCAUGAGCAAGAAAUCAGUUUGAUCUUUGUUGUUUAUCAAGAACAGGAAAGCAAUGUAUUCAUUUCUUUCCAGUCAUUUCCCAUGCUUUACUACUUUUAAUGCGUGCGCCAGAAGUGCUCAUAUUUUUAAGUCAGCUGAAGUUUAUUUGAGGUUUACCCCAUUUACCACGUUUAAAUCCAUUCCUUACAAUUGCACAGAUUUUCUCCAUAAACAGAGCAGACAAUGAAAAAAAAAAACAUCUACAGAUUCUGUCUGGGCCUGCUGAUGGGAACAAAUGACGAAUUCUGUGUGUCCUUCGGGAAAACAAAAAAAUCCAUACUAAUACAGUUAACUCAUAAUUGGUACACAAUAAAUGACUGUCCCAAAACUCACAACCUCAAGUGCCCUUGUCUACACAAGCAACGCCCUAACUGAAAUGGACCCUCAUAAGUAUCACAGUGAAACCUUAUUUUGUACUGCAAGUGUGCAUCACGUACAUAAUGCAUUAUAUAACUUUCAAACAUGCAUGUAAUGUUGUACGAUUUGAAAUGGCCUUUGCAUCUGAUCACAUCUGAUGCCAAAACACUUCUAGAUUGAGGGUCUUAGCUACUGUUUAACUGAUAAGUGUUUGGCUUACAUGAAAAUCAGCUUAAUUGAUUAACUGUUUAUGUCUGUAUAUCAUCUCUCACAAUUCUUAACAUUUAUUUUCAUCAUUUUCUCUUGAAAUCGUAAUUACAUAAUUGAAUAAACAUUGUAUUAUUUAUG